AUGAAUUCGUACUCCGCCACCAACAACACCUCCGGCACAGAGGCUAAAAUAUUCGUCAAAUCCAGAACUACGCUGGCGUACGUACUACGUGGCGCUGAUGAUAAUACUUUUGUGAGUCUCCGAAAACGUAAGCAGUCUGAUGAUAAAAAUGUUAAGGCGGUACUAGAGUUCGUUGAGCAAAAAAUUAAUGAUCAGCUCAGCUCAUGGAAAUUACAAUUGGACAUCACCAUUGCCGAAAGUAUCAGAAAUUCAAUCGAUACAGUUAUUGAUAGAGAGCUAAAGAAAAUAUCAGCGACUAUAAGUAACUCCUUUAAAGAAUUAGGAGAUAGAUUGGAUACAAUCGACAAAUCCUUAUCUUAUACGAUAGAAAGGCAGGAUAGUAUUGAAACGCGUCUGACACAGGUAGAAAGCCAGCUGAGAUCGAACGAUGAUGUAACCAGCCAGAUUAACCUAUUAAAAGAUAAAAUUGAUGCAAUGGAGCAACAGUCGAGAUUGCUAACUUACCAGAACGACGUGAUGAAAACCUUCUAUCUAUUAUUGAAAAGAUUGGUUGUGUCAUCAAACACCCUGUAA